UCCACGUCGGGGAACAAGUUUCGAAUCCUGCCAACAUGCUGCGUCGUUGGUUAGCCAAGCAUCGCGCUCUAUCACCUCUCGGUCCUGCUGGUCUCGUGCUACUCGCCGGAGCUGCUGCUGUCGCCGCUUACGUUGCCACUCGGUCGAGUGAAAAUGACGUCAAAGUCGACUCUUCCGAGGAAGAAUGCACCAUUGACAACCCCAAGGUGGUGCCCUAUCUGCCGUCCAAGGUGCCAAUCAUCGGCAACAUGCUGCAACUGGCCUCCAACGCUCAUCGUUUCCAUGACUGGAUGGCGGAGCAAUGCAUUGCAAAUAACGGUGUGUUCAAGCUGUAUCUACCCGGUCAGAGUGAUAUGCUGGUCACUGCUGUGCCGGAACACUACGAGCACGUGGUCAAGACGCAGUUCGACCACUUUAGCAAGGGCCACCAGCAGUACGACAUGUUCGUGGACCUCAUGGGGCACAGUGUCCUCAUCAUUGAAGGCGAGCGCUGGAAAUACCACCGUCGACUGCUUGUUCGGCUUUUCAGUGCUCGGGCACUGCGUGAACACAUGACACCAGUGAUCCAACGACACACACUGUUGUUGCAAAAAGUGUUGGUCAAAGCUGCAGUUGCCAAGAAACCAGUUGACCUGUACAUGCUCAUGCACCGCUUCACCUUCAAGGCGUUCGCUGAGAUGGUGUUUAACAACACACUGGACAGCAUCGACUCGGAGCACGAGCAUCCGUUCGAACAAGCUUUCGACGAGGCCCAGUCCAUAGUUGCCGGUCGGCUUCAACAGCCAGUCUGGUUCUGGAAACUCAAACGUUGGAUGAACGUUGGUCAGGAACGCAAACUUCGCCAAGAUGUCGAACUUAUCGACAACUUUAUCAUGAAAAUCAUCUCAACGGCAAUCGAAACGCGUCGCCAGCGCCAAGGAGACCUGAAAGCUGGCAAACCGGUGAAGAAAGCUGACACUGAUAUUGUGUCUAUCGUUCUCGAGUGCAUGGAGCAGGAUGGCGACAUGGUAUCGCCGAUGGAUGUUCGUAACAUCGCAGUUGCCGCUUUGGGCGCUGGUCGCGACACUUCUGCCGAUGCCAUGAGCUGGUUAUUCCACACACUGACGCAACACCCGCAAGUCGAGAACAAACUCCGCACCGAAUUAUUUGAGAAAAUACCCAAACUCACAAUGAGCUCCACGUACGUGCCGUCAAUGGACGAAGUGCAAGGCUUAGUGUACCUCGAAGCGACGAUCCGUGAGCUUUUGCGUCUCCAGACUCCAGUGCCGUUCACUAUGAGGGAAUGCGUACACGACACAGUCUUCUCAGACGGUACGUUUGUACCUAAGGGGACGAACGUUGGCAUGUGUCACUUCGGAGCGGCUCGACGCACGGAAGUGUGGGGUUCUGACGCCACCGAAUUCAAACCGGAACGCUUCAUUGACCCCGAAACUGGCAAAUUGUUGCAAACCCCAGCAGCCAAAAACAACGCCUUCAGCGGUGGCCAACGUGUUUGUGUCGGCAAAGCUCUCGCUAUGCUGGAGAUGAAGCUGGUGAUUGCCACACUCGUCAGCCGUUUCCACUUCACGGAGAUCCCAGGACAAAAUGUGCAAUAUGCUAUGGGAAUCACUAUCGGCAUGAGAAACUCGCUCAUGAUGAACAUCCAAACCGUAACCAGUGGAGGUCCGGGAGCUGCCGCAUAGGCACUGAGCAUGCUGUUCUUAUUUUUGAAGUUUAAUUUUUAUUUUGUUAUGUUGCACUGGUAUUUUUUGUAAUUACAAAGAUUUUUUUUUACACAAGAUGUUUAAUUAAACGUACACGACUAUCACUACAC